GAAUUACGGUGGAGGUGAAGUCAACGGAACAAAACAAGUAGUAUAAAGUCAGAAUGUCAAAUAAAACCUCUCCUUUUCAUCUUUACCCCUAAAACGACGAUUCUCCUGAAACCCUAAUUUUACAAUUCCGAUCUGAGAAGCUAUGGAAGCCAUUGAUUCCGCAAUCGAUCCACUCAGAGAUUUCGCUAAGAGCAGUGUCCGUCUCGUCCAACGCUGUCACAAACCCGAUCGCAAGGAAUUCACCAAAGUUGCUGUGCGUACGGCGAUUGGAUUUGUGGUGAUGGGAUUCGUUGGGUUCUUCGUGAAGCUUGUAUUCAUCCCAAUCAACAACAUCAUCGUUGGAUCUGCUUAGGAACUACUUUACGAGGCAAUGCGCCAAGGAGUUAGGAGAAGAAGAAGUAAAAUGACUGCAAAAGCUGUUACGGAAUUUCUUCCAUGUCUUGCUAUGUUUUGGCGGCCAGUUUUUUCCCCCCUUAUAUGAUUUUGACUCUCAUGUUGUUAUUACUCUUAAAGACUUGAUAAGUUUUGAUUAUUUUUGAUUUUCUACUGCAAAGUAUAUUGUCUUCAAGAAGCAAUGUUUUUAAGAACUAAAUCCGAAAUGAAACUCAAGACAUUCAAAACUA